AUGACUCAAGUCCGCACUUUCACUCCUCCUCAGCCCCUUGGAGACAGGCUCUCUGACUCAAAUUCUGCUCCAAAGCCUGCUGGUUCUACCGUUCCUCGAACUCUUCCCGAUAUUCCAGAGCUUGCUCAACCACGACGCAAUUCUCCCCCAAGACUUAGCGGCGACUAUACUCGUGUUCCAAUGGCCAACUACAACGAGUCACGGAAAGAUGGUGGCAUCACUUUCUCUGGGCAGGACAAACUACCCAAGCUGCCUAUCCCUGAACUCGAGGCCACCUGCAAGCGGUAUCUUGAAGCUCUCAAGCCACUCCAGACAGCCCGAGAACAUGCAGAGACACAGCAUGCCGUCAACGAAUUCCUAAAGAGCGAUGGGCCCGAGCUGCAGGAGAAAUUAAAGGCAUAUGCUCAGGGCAAGACGAGUUACAUUGAACAAUUCUGGUAUGAUUCUUAUCUCAACUUUGAUAACCCCGUUGUUCUCAACUUGAACCCUUUCUUCUUGCUUGAAGAUGACCCAACUCCCGCUCGUAAUGAUCAAGUCACUCGUGCUGCUUCUUUGGUUGUCUCAUCCCUUGAAUUCGUUCGUGCAGUGCGAAAGGAGGAGCUUGCUCCAGACAAGGUCAAGGGAACUCCACUUUGCAUGUACCAGUUCUCGAGACUAUUCGGCACUGCGCGAGUUCCCACUGAGGAAGGAUGCCAAAUCGAGCAAGAUCCUGAGUCGAAGCACAUCGUCGUCAUGUGUCACGGCCAAUUCUACUGGUUCGAUGUCUUGGAUGACAAUUCAGAUGUCAUUAUGAGCGAGAAGGAUAUCUCCAUCAACCUGCAGACCAUUGUUGAUGAUGCAACCCAAGUUCCUAUCCAAGACGCUGCCAAAGGCGCUGUGGGAGUCCUGAGCACCGAGAAUCGCAAGGUAUGGUCAGGCCUUCGAGAUGUCCUGACUAGCGAGCCUGGCUCCAACAAUGCGGAUUCACUCGGAAUUGUAGACACGGCCCUCUUCGUUCUUUGCCUCGACUACACAGAGCCUGCAGACGCUGCAGCCCUUUGCCAGAACAUGCUUUGUGGUACCAGCGAGAUUGAGAAAGGUGUUCAGAUCGGCACAUGUACCAACCGAUGGUACGACAAGCUUCAAAUAAUCGUUUGCAAGAACGGAAGUGCUGGUAUCAACUUUGAGCAUACCGGUGUCGACGGCCACACAGUUCUGCGAUUCGCUAGCGAUGUUUACACCGACACCAUUCUUCGAUUCGCCCGCACAAUCAAUGGCCUGGCUCCUUCGCUCUGGGCAUCUUCCAGUCCCGACCCCUCCAAGCGUGAUCCCGAGAGUUUUGGAGAUGUUAGUGUCACUCCUCGAAAGCUGGAGUGGGAUAUGAUCCCUGAGCUUAGCGUCGCAGUUCGCUUUGCAGAGACUCGAUUGGCAGAUCUCAUUGAGCAAAAUGAGUUCCAGACUUUGGACUUCGGCCACUAUGGGAAGAACUUCAUCACUUCCAUGGGCUUCUCUCCAGAUGCCUUUGUUCAGAUGGCUUUCCAAGCGGCAUACUAUGGGCUCUAUGGCCGUGUUGAGUGUACAUAUGAGCCAGCCAUGACCAAGACGUUCCUACACGGCCGAACCGAGGCGAUCAGAACCGUAUCGUCAGAGGUCGUUGAUUUCGUCCAAGCCUUCUGGGCUGAUAAUCCUGUCGACGCAAAGAUUGAGGCACUCAGGAAGGCGUGCCAGAAGCACACCGCAAAUACCCGACAGUGUCUGAAGGCCGAAGGCUGUGACCGACAUCUCUACGCUUUGUUCUCGGUAUGGCAGAGGAGUCUGGAUGAUGGCCUUGAUAGUGGUUUCAACAGCAACGGUUACUCGAGCCCGGGAGAUGGAUACUCCGACCCAGCAGGAUCGCCCGUGGGAAGCCCAGGUAACGACUCACUGCCCUCUGUUGACGGCGUUGAAGUGAGGCCUACACGAGAUCGUGGCUACAGCGUCAACUCGAGAUCGCGCGACCAGAACCCACUUCCCCUCCUGUUUGCUGAUUCUGGGUGGGAUAAGCUUAAUAACACAAUCCUUUCAACUUCCAACUGUGGUAACCCUUGUCUACGCCAAUUCGGUUUCGGUCCCACAUCAGGGGAUGGUUUCGGUAUUGGGUAUAUCAUCAAGGAUGAAGGGCUCGCUAUUUGUGUUGCUAGCAAACACCGUCAGACAAAACGCUUUGUUGACACCCUCGAGAGCUAUCUUCUUGAGGUUCGUCGCAUCCUACGUAUCGAUAACCGCAAGAUGUCAACUGGAAAAGUGAGCCGCGCUCGCGAGGUGGAAUUCGAGAGACCCAAGCUGGUGAGCCGCAUCAAGUCAAGAGGUCGUCCUAUCACCGCUGUCGAGAGCCUGCGAUCUGCGACUGGCACAACAUCCCCCACCAACGAGAGUAGCACCUUUAGCGAAGAUGACGAAAUGGGCGGGUAUGGAUUCUUCGAUGCUGGGAUGCUGUUGCAAGCACUCAAGGCUCGCAACGAACAGUUUGAGUCGACUGAUACGCGCGCUUCAGACAGGGCUGCAGCUGCUCAGGCUCGCCGCCGUGACAUUGGAAAGAAACUGAGACUGAGUGACUAUUAA